UCCCUGUGAACGGUACGUCUCUUAGCAUUGAGCAGCACAUUUUGUCUAUAUUUACUUCCAAAUGAUAUUUUAACUAGGUCAGCUAAAUUACGGAAAUAGACUGCUGUACAUCAGUGAGGCAACCAGUCAUGACAUCUAGUGGUCAAACGAUUGAAGUGCAGCCCAAUGUGUUGGUUAUAACUUACUGGUUAUAAAGUUGAUUUAUAAUCAUUGAACUCAGUAUUCCUCUCUAGCCUGUGUGUGUACUGUGUAGUCCCUGUGUACAUGUAUGUGGCUGUAUUUGCUGUAUUUACCUUAUGUCAAGCAAACAUUUGCUGGUUUCUGCCUCUUAAAUGUCAUGAUUAGCCUCUUUUUUGCUGCUUUAACAAUUUUAAAUUUCCAAUAACCAUUUGCAAACAUCACUUUGAGCUCUGAGGAGUUGAAAGGGGCAUUCUUAACUAUUGUUUGACAUUUUACAGAUCACUUAAUUAUCAAUAUAUUGUCCAUGUGUCACUCUCUCUCUUUCUCUCUCUCUCUUCAAUCUCUACUGCUCACUAUCCUUCUCCCUCCCUCCCUCUUGAUCUCUCCCACACUCCCACUCUCUGCCCUUCUCACUGUAACACCCUCUCUCUCUUUCUCUCCCACUCUCUUUCUCUGCUUGUAAGCGUUCUCUGGGCGUGCAGCCAGCUGGCGUGUGUGUGUUUUUUGAAUGAAUACCUGAUGAAGUUGGCCGAGCAAACCGUGGGAGGGGCCCUAUGUGUGAGUGUGUGUGUGUGAGUGUGUGUGUGUGAGUGUGAGUGUGAGUGUGUGUGUGUGUGUGUGUGUGUGUGUGUGUGUGUGUGUGUGUGUGUGUGUGUGUGUGUGUGUGUGUGUGUGUGUGUGUGUGUGUGUGUGUGUGUGUGUGUGUGUGUGUGUGUGUGUGUGUGUGGGGUAGACAGUGUGAGAGCUCUGGCUAGCAUUCAACCCCUUGCAUAAUACACGUUGGAGCUCAGCAUGCGGGACUCCCUCCCUGUGGGCGUGUGCAAGUUUGUGCUACCAAUUUUUUUGUGUUUGUGUGUGCGCACGUGCGUGAUCACCUUUGCUGUGUGUCAGUGGUAGUGAGGGAGCUUCCUGCCCCGCUGUCAAGAUUUAGUAGAAGGUCGUUGGCUGUGUGUGUGUGAAUGUGUAUGGGUGUGUGUGUGUGUGGAGGGUGAGAAAGGCUGAGAGCAGUUUGUAGCACAAGUACACUGAAUCUGCUUGGGAUUUUCCGCUUGAGGGGGAGAGAGGGAGUUGGAGUGAGACUCAGGGUGCUUUACAAGGGACACGACAGAGCAGGAGAAGAAGAGGGGAGUGAAGGGAGGAGAGGAAUGAGAGAGAGGGAGAGCAUGCUGCAGAAUUGGGCAUCUCCUGCUACCCUGGUUUGAGCUGCGUGUGGGCAGGCUUGCUUUUGCAAGGAAAUGAUUCCGCAUGAAGUGCGACGCACUCGGCCCCCUGUCGUCCUCGGCGGCAGUAGCAGGUGUGAUGUCGUAACAUUCUCCCCCACCACACUGAGCUCACCCCUCAGACGCUAAAGACCCCUGGACCGAACAGACCGCUCUACGCCUCCUCUCUUAACCAUCCCUCCAUAUCUUGUUAUCCAUCUUUAAUCCUUCUUCACCUGCUCCUAAGGGCCUGGAUUUUCUUUGUUAUCAAGAAAAGACCUGAUAAUCAACGGCCUCGGCUGAGCUGUAAAGAAAAAGAAACAAGAUUAGGAAGGUUAUUUUAUAGCUAAUUAAAGUGAGACAAAGGACAGAACAUCAAAAGGGAGAAAAAGUAAAGUAUAAUAGAAAGUCAGAACUUGGGGGGAAACAAAGAAGAAAGAGGAAAGCCAAAAAGUCUCAAAGUUGAGGAAGGAUAACGUAAGUACAGUUUAGGGACGAGAGGCGAAAUCAUGAAGUCCAACCAUGAACGCAGUAAUGAAUGUCUGCCCCCAAAGAAGAGGGAGAUCCCCUCAUGCACUUUACCAUCUGAAACCCGUUCGAUCACCAUGCCACCUGCCAGUGACAGUCAGCGCUCAGAGAACAUGGCCUGGCUUGCCAGUGUGGCUGGGAAUGAGAGCAGCGUGGGUGGGCACCGUAGCGCCAGUCAUUCUGAUGGGCACCAUUAUAAAUCGCUCUCCUCCACACCAGACUCUUCAACCUCCUCUUCGUCACUGAGGCUGGUCUCAUCUCUUCCCACAAUUUAUACAUCGCCCAUGUCACAAUCUACAGUUGGCGGAACGGUCCAUUACACCCAACUGCCUCACAAUCUGCAGUUCAUAACGUCACCUUACACUGCCCCGUACGCAGGCUACAUCUCCCCUCAACUGCUCCCACCUCCUCCUCCACCUCCCCCCCUCUCCUUGUUGUCGCCCCCCUCCUCUUCUAUGGCCGCACAGAGACCCUCACACACAGAGACAGCCUCUGCUCCUUCGCAGGCCUCCAAGCAUGACCAGCACAGAGCGUCCUCUGGGCGGACCUCCAUGCCACCGCCUUCUACAGAACCCCCCCAUCACCAUACUCACAUGUCCACUUCCCUACGGACUGUCCCGUCAACUCAUCACCAAGGAGGCGUUCACCUCUCUCACCAGUCGCUGCACCACCAUCAUACUUUGGGUCAUGGAAUGUCCCAGGUUUUGGUGCAGUACAUGGACGGAUCCAACAGGAAUGAGGACGGUGGCUCUAGACACAGAGACCUCCACAAUGGAGAGCUGGAAAGGGGCCGGCGGUUUGGAGCAUCCCCUGAGUUCAGCCUCUCCAGGUCGGGGAACAAAUCACGGGAGGUCAAUUCUUCUUUGACCUCUUAUGAGGCCCACCAGCUGGUUCUGCCAUCUGAAUACCCUACUCAUGAUCCCUCAGGGCUGAGAACCUCUGUUAUGCUAAUGCACAACAGCCAUGGAGACCAUCAGCUGGUACCACCCAGAGCCAGCCCUGAUAAGAUGACAAAUUGUUCCCCCGCACACUUCGAGAGAGGUGGCAUCAUCCUGGGCAAGCCAGUCAAUCGCACAUCAUCAUCCUCCUCCAAUACCACCUCCUCGUUCACGUUUCCACCACCAUUGAGUGUAGACAGUCUGAAAGCGGCUGUACGUACACUCUCCCCCCAGACCGUUAUCCAGACCACUCACAGUGCCACAGAGGCACUUUCAAUGGGGCUCCCCUCCAGCAGUAUCUACCCCCAUUCACCUAUCAUCGGUUACAUCGCAGGGGGCAGCGGAAGCCAGCAUACGUCAAUCAGCUACCACACCAGCCUACAACAACACUUACUCAUUCCUGGUCCCCAACCAGUCAUAAUCCCAGUUAGUGGCAGUGGAGUCACCACAUUGGAACCUGUAACCUCCCACAUGACAUCAUCCACCCAAGCUUCUUUUCCCAGCGCACUCCCACACACGUACAUUGCUGCCAGCGCUCCCAAAGAAGAGACUCUUGUAACCUCCAGUGGCUCGUACCACCAGGUCGCUUCCGGUGCAGUGGUCCCAGCCCAGCUUCAUCUCCCCAUUGUUUCCACGCCACCAGGUUUGGUCGCUCAUACUCCUCCUCCCCCUUCCAAUACGGUGGCGCCUCCCGCACUCCCCCCCUACUUCAUCAAGGGCUCCAUCAUCCAGCUGGCCGACGGGGAGCUGAAGCGCGUGGAGGAUCUUAAGACAGAGGACUUCAUCCAGAGUGCCGAGAUCAGCAAUGAACUGAAGAUCGACUCGUCCACGGUGGAGCGCAUCGAAGGCAGCCACGCCUCACCCAACGUAGCUGUGGUUCAGUUCUCUGUUGGUGAGCACCGUGCACAGGUAAGCGUGGAGGUCUUGGUGGAGUAUCCCUUCUUCGUUUUCGGCCAGGGGUGGUCUUCGUGCUGCCCGGACCGGACCACCCAGCUUCUGGAGCUGCCUUGCACCAAGCUUUCUGUGGGCGACGUUUGUAUUUCACUUACCCUCAAGAACCUGAGGAACGGAUCUCUGAAGAAGACUCAGCCCCUGGAGCUGGCCACCGAGGCCUCUGUCCCAGCCUCAAGCCACGGGCACCUCAAACCUCCCAGAGCUGUCUAUGACGCUCCCCAGAUCUUUAGGCACAACGAGCGGGAGAAUGGCAUCAGCCAGCGGGGAAGCGGUGGAAGUGGGAGCGGGAGCGGAGGAGGCCCUAAUGUGGCAAACGGGGAUGGAAUGUUUGGGGAACGAGGGUCAGUUUCUAAAGGUCAGGCUGCCAGCAUCCCAAAAGCCAGCAGGAAGCGGAGGUGGUCUGCCCCUGAAGGUCGAAAAGUGGAGAGAACAGAAGAGGAGCCACCUUUGACCCUGCCCAAACCUUCCUUCAUCCCUCAUGAGAUGAAAAUAAGCAUCGAGGGAAGGUCGAAUAUUGGCAAGUGAAGGCUAACAGGACUGUUAAUAACCCCUGGGAUUCGGGGAAAAACAAUUAUAAAAGGACUCUACAAAGAAAAAAACAUGAAUGCCCACAUCAAUGUUUCAUGUCUUGGUUUUAAAGUUUUGUUUUAGUUUUAUUUUGCUCUUGAAUACUGUACUGUAGAGGUAAAUUCACCCUACAUGGUAUCACCUUACAUGAAGUCCAUGUAGUCUAUAACACAUUUAUACAGGUGGAUUUCCUAUCCCACAAGCAAUCAGUGCCGUUUUGGUGGUUUUCAUGAGAUGACUUAUGGUGAGAGAUUUGUGAAGUGUGCUAAAUGUUGAUCUGUGGCUGUGUGGCACACGGGAGCGAUGCAGGAGGAUUCUGCUCGGCUGCACUUUACACAUUAUGUCAAUUUCAAAUUGAAUUUGUGCACAGUCAGCUUCUCGACAGUCUCUGAGCACUGCUCGUGAGGCUUCUCAGACGGAAACAUGUUCCCACCAUCUCCUGCCUCUCCUGGUGAUUUCACACUGGACCACAGGAGAGCUGUAACAUCAGAUGAUCCUGAGCACGAUACAUUUUAAACAUUUUCAUUUGCUUAAUCUGAGUGGGACUGAGUGUGCGAUUCAGACUGUGUCUCAAUUCAGGGGCUGCCUCCUUCUUAUGACAUAGAGGUGGUCUAUGUUGCCCACGUAGACCGCAAAGGAGUCUUUGUCUCCCCGGGAUGGAAGGAUACAUUUGUAGUAGCCGUCUAGUCGCGCUGCUGUGACGCGAUCGGUCCUCAAAUGCAGCCUCCAAAGGAAGCGGCCCCUAAAUUGAGACACAGCUCCUGUGUCACCGUCAUGUGGAAGACCUGAUCUGUGAUGUCAUCAAGAAGCGCCAGUGUGCCACACAACAGAGAGGGAACAACUCCUACUCUGUUCAGUUUGACGACGGUGGAGUCUUCACCUUCAUCUUUAGCGUUUUUGCUUUUUUCACUCAGACCCUCUCGUCUUCUAUCUCUGCAGUUACUUUUUGUCAUCGAUUGUCAGGAACCUUAAUCAUCAGGGGUCUGUUAGUUGUAGAUCGAAAAUGUUUGGGUUAAUGUAUAAAAUGUGCGAGGCCCUAAUGUAAUACAAGCGCAAACCCACCAGGUUGAACUGAGGGAAAGUGAAGAGGAAGACCUGCACACAGUCCUAAUUGUGUUUUGAUGAAUUACUUUAUAUUUUUUUAAGCAGAAAAGGCUGUGUGACAGGAACCCGAGAGAAUCCACAUGUCAGGUCUGAGAGGGUCAGGAUGUUUCAAAGCAUUUAACACACCUGUCACACUCACCAUACGGCCGACAAAUCUUACUCGUCUCUUUAUUUACACAGUACUGUACAUUUUUAGAUGUUUUUGUCGUUGUUAUUUAGAGGGUAGAAAGUAACAAACAGCACUUUGGAAAGGUGAAGCUUUAGGAAAAGUGAAGGGGUCGCUUGGUAACGUGGGAGCGGAUGUGCCAUGGGAUUACAAAAAGGAAUGACAGGUGCUGGAGGAAAUUCCAGUCAGUUGAUGGUCUGAGGAAACUUGAAGGUGGAGUUAGAAAUAACGAUGGGGUUUUUUGAGCAUGUGCGUCAUUGUAUUAGGAAUGUGUUUUGAACGGAUGAGAUUGGGCGUAAAAAAGAAUUAAAAAGGAAAGAGCCUUCGAAGUAUCCCAGUGAUGUUCUGUACCAGACUGAGAGCAACGACUAGAAGCUCACGCCACAGAAUUUUUGGAGGGUGUCAUAUAUUUGCAAUGUAUGUGCGUAUGCUAGAGUGUGCAUGAUGCUGGUCUGUGUCUGUCCAUACACACACACACACAUGCGAACACAAACACAGAACAUCUCUAAAACUUAAUGACCUACAAUAAUUAUUUAUUUGUUGUGAAGCAGUUGCUGAUUUAGUCCCUACUGCAAAAACACUAGUGGACUCAUAUUGAAUGGAGUUCACACUGCAAACAGUACAGAUGUAAAGGAAGUGUUUGUGUACAUGUGUGAGUGUCUGUAUGAGUAUAUGUAUACUGUGUAUAGGAAGAGGACAUAUACUAUAUAGACAAUACUAAAUGUCCAGUGUUUCUACUUGGAGUCUUUUACUUAAGAGAAUAUUGCAAUUUGCACAUCAGGAGGAGGGAGUUCGGUGGAGACGUGAUUUAUUGUUGUUGUUGUUUUGACGGCCCUGUCCUGAGAGGAGCCCUAGACCGGCAACACACUGGAGGAGACGAGAGUUUUUAUUGUUUUGUUCCUCAACAGGCACUUAUCACAUAUUCGAGGAAAGAGUUUCUGCAUCAGUUAAGGUCAAAUUACUUUGGAGUUUUUAGGUGUAACGCAGAUUUUUAACACGUGCCUGCCUACUGAAUUUGUUUGAAGAUGAAGUGACGUAAUGUGUCUCGACGAGACUCUCGCUCUGCUGUGGACGCCGACGUGUCCAGGGUGGAGGGACGACGGCUCAGCUGAAAUCGUGUUUUGCUAAGAUGUAGCAGUUACCUCAACAGAUGUGCUUGCUGGGUUGACCCAACGUUCAUUGCUCUGUAAGCAACUGAUUGAAUGUUAUUACCAGCUCUUUCUUCUUCAUAUUAAAACGUUUUAAAGUGCAAUGAGAAGUUUGUACAGCAGAGUGUAAUAUAAAUCAUGUUUUGAGUGAAAGUAAGGUGGCGGUUUUUAAAAGUGUCAUAAUGGACACUUAAAAACUCUUGAUACAGGAUCACCAAUAAGUAGGGCACUGGCCCUAGCUGAAAUCUGAUUGGCCCCUGAGGUGCCCCUGUCCUGUUUUCUUUGAAUAAACUAGUCAUUUACUUACAUUAAAUAUGACAGUUUAAGAAUUUUACUUUCUAAACUUUUUUGAGGUAAACAAUGUGCCUGAACAAGGAACAAUUUUCAAAAUAUAUAAAAUAAAGCGUGGCUUUGCUCAAAGCUAUAGAGUUCACAGUAAACAAGAAGUGACUUAAAUUGUUUUUUGAUAUAGAAUCGGCCCCUCUGUGUAAAUCGUGGCCCCCAAUCUGUAAAAAUCCUUGAUUCUUUACGUUCUGAUCACAUGUAUUGUAUAAAUAUUUCCUCUUGCCGCAUGUGACAGUUCACUAUGAUUGUGCACUGCUGCCAUGUUAUCAAGCACAGGUUGCCCACAACACUUAAAGAUGUGGAGAAGUUCCUGCAGGCAUAUCUGUUGAGUUUCCUUCUCGCCCUCUGUAUUAGGACGUGGUUCAUUAGUGUCAUUGAUUAACCUCUCAAGAAGUGGAUCAGUCGUAUUUUCAUCCCAUUGACAUAACACUGAGCAGGAGGAUAGGUGACUGUGAGGGGCAGCACUGUUCCAGGUGGUGGGUGGAUUACCAGGCUGAUGGUGGGAUCGACUUAGAUGGAUGAGAGAUGGAAGUGUAGGUGGAUGGUGAUGGUGAGAGAAUGAGAUUUGAAAAUGCUUUUUUUUUAAAUAAUAAACCAUGUUUGUCAGAUUACCAACGCCACAGUGGUGCAUUUUCAUCUCUUCCUUUUCCUACUGACACAUCACAAUCAUUAGCGGUAGCAGUUGUAGUGCGCGCGUUCAUGUUUUGCAAUGUGUGUGUGUGUGUGUGUCUUUGUAUGUGUCGUACUUGUCCUUUUUGUCCUUCGUCCACCGUUUCCUCCCAACGAAUGAAAAAGCAAACACACAAACUCACCUGUCAACCACUCGAUCCACACUUUCACAGUCGGUCAGGUAAAAACAACAAGAAGACAUUUUGAGCCAAAGCCAAGUGAUUCUGUCGUUUCUUUGGUUACUUAAGAAAGCAAUAGUAUUCAGGCACUCUCCUCAUGUGUGUGGGAGAGGAACACACCCACACGCACCAGUCCUCUGCAAUAAACAACAACAAUAACCAUCAAGUAUCACAACAGAAAGUGAAUACACCUGAAACCACUCAUUUCAGUAUCCCCCCUCUGGUUCUUUAACUAUAGCAGUUGCAACACCAGUUGCUAGUUUUUCAGGGAAGUGUCUCAUAUAUGCAGUAAGUCAACACAACCCCCAGAACCUCCAGUGUCCAGGCUGCUCAGAGUCCUAAACUCCGCAGGGGAUCCCGCGCACCUGAAGGAACCGGUCCACAUUCCGACCUCGGCCCAGGCGCCGCUGCCACGACUCCCGUAGUGACCUCGUUGACCUUGUUUCAGGUACCCAGUCAUAGCCAGCCAGCCUCACAAGCACCUCCUCCUGAGGCGAAGCAAUCGAAUAACCCUCAACAACCGAUAGCUACCUGUCAGUGUGGCCUGCACUGCCUGACCCCCCCCCCCCCCCCACACCAACCCGCUCAUAACGUCAGAUUUUUGAUAUUCUGUCUCCUUUUCACUGCUCAGCUCACACAGGUCAUUGUGUUUAUACUUCAGUGGAAAUGCAUGCCUGACAAUAGACUUUAAAGCAAUCUGAUGCGUCGGAGCGGGAACGUCACUUCGUAGCGACUGCUCCCGGGGGGGGGGAGGGAGGGAAUGGUGUGUUGUGGUUUUUAGUUUUUCGUCAAAAUGAUCCCGAGUAGAACCUUUCGAUCCCCCCUGACAUGUACCACGAUGUGCAAUACUUCGAUUUUUUUGUUUUCUCCCCUUUGCUGUGCCAAGUGUAUGUAGCAUAGACCUACUCCAGUGUCUCAUCGUGUUAAUGGCUUGUGUAUUUCGCUGUGUGCUGAUGUGUUUGUGUGUGUGCGCGUCGCAUCUGUAAAGCAAAUUGAGACGUUUGUGAACAGAAACUAAUGGAGAGUUUGUCCGUUCUUCUAUUUCCCUGUUGUCAUUGCAGCCUUCCUUAAUACGAGUGGGCAGGAAACCAUGUUAGUGUGUGUGUGUCUGCGCCGUGAGUCGUGUUUAGUGUGCGUGCUUACGUACACUUGGUGUUCAGAUGUGUAUGAGUGUGUGUGUGUGUGUGUGUAACUGUGUGAUCACAAACCCUUACCCUCGAUGGUUAGUGGUAAGACACACAGAAAAAACAAAACUCAUCGCUAGUGAGGACCACUUUUUUUUGGUAAAAAAAUAUGAAAAAAAUAGUAAAAAUAAGAAAUAAUUUAAAAAAAAUAACUACCAACCAACAGAGAUGCACAUGUAAGUAGAUGUAAAAGACUUGAUAAUGUUUCAGCACUUUCUAAUCCUAGGAUGGGCUUGGUCUAACCCCUCUGUCUCAGACCGAUACCUUCCCCUAGGUGUAACAUUCAUUCAAAACAGACAGAGAGAAUGAGAGCGGGGGGGAAAGGGGGAGAAUAACGUUGAAAAAAAGAGAGUGACAAUGAGAGAGAGAUGGCUCAGUUUAAGUUUUUUGCACAUCACCUUGCCGUAACCUUGUGUUUAUCUGUCUGUGCUCCAUCUCACUUGGCGCCCGGCGCGUUCUUGGGUCCAACGGGCCGAGGUGUUAGGUGAUCCCUUGGUUCUUUUCUUUUAAGGAAAACCUUUUUCUCAUGGAAUGCAUCCCUUCUUUUUGUUCGUAGUCUUCCGCCACGUGCCGACCAGGCUGUGCUGUUAAAUAGUGGUUUUGUUCCCAUUUGGGGUUUUAAUUUUUGGCGGAUUUCUCUGUCAGGAGCUCGGCGCAGCUUGGUUCGGUGGCAAGGUGUGAAAACGCAGCGUUCCAAACUUUUGCUUUAUUUUAUUUUUAAUUUUUUUUGCAUUAUCCUUGGUGCAGGAGCUUUUUGGUGUUUUCGGUCUCCUUGUAGCACUCACUAUAAUGUCAGGGGACUUAAAACUACAUGUAGAGAAUGUGUCAUUGUUGAGUUUUUAUGACAAGCUUCCUCAUUGGAGGAACACUGCUAAUGUCUUUUUUUUUUAAUUGGCUUCUUCUUGCACAACUUGACAAAUAAAAUGAAUGUUGGUGUGUGAGCUUUGGACUUUUUCGAUCAGAAAAAAAAGGCAUGUGUGCUCUUUGAUGUUUCUACUUUCAUUUUGCGAAAAAAGGACAUGUUCUUGGCACUUUGUCGUGUUUUAAAAGUGAACAGAAUUCAAUCAGGAUUCCUUUUUUUUUAAUUUGUAUUCUUUGUUUUUCUCUUUUGUUUUGUAUGAUGUCUCGUCGAUGUCCAUAGCGCUGGAUAACCAACUCAGGCAGAAAGAAAAAAAAAAACUUGUAGAGGCCCACGUAACAGUUUAGUUUCACCCCGAUCAAUUUACAAAGUGGGCUGUUUGAUAUGGGUUAUAAGAUAUGUACAUUUAUGACAUAUGAUUUGAUAUAAUUAACAAAUGUCAUUAUUGACAGUUAACUAUGAAUUAUUAUUAAUAUGAUAUUAUGUGUAAAAAGCUGGAGAAGGCUUGGUCGUCUCUUCAGUGUACUGAACGUCUGCCUCUCUCUGCAAGGCAACAAACUCUUCAGCGGGGGGGACGGGCCGCACAUGACCUCUGACCCUACCAACUGCCACGGAGGGGGUGGGGCUUAUCCUGCAGGUGUGGCCUCAAUUUGACUCCUCCCCCGUUUCUGAUCACGCGGCCCUCCGCGGCCGGCGACCAGUCUGUUGACAUGUGUCUCUGCUCACGUGUUGCACCGAGAACUGAACUGACACUUUGUGGCCCUUUGAGACGGUGGCAGAGAACAUCAGCACAGACCUGCACGGACACGGUCUGGCCGCCAGGGGGCUGCAGCAGGUCCCAGCCAACUUGUUUGUACUAUAUUGUACUCACCAAGUCCCUGUGUCUCACCACCCCCCUUUUCCUCUAUAGCAAUGGAGAAACCCUGUUGGUGUAUGUAUUUGACAUCUGUACAAAUGCACCUCUUUGAAAAAGAAAAUGAAACCUUGACAUAUCUGGAAUAAAUGAGCAAUUUGUGUCUUUA